GCGGUACCUACGGUACCGUAGGUAGGUACCGUAGGUACCUACCUACGGUACGCGCAAAGGAGCGUCAUCGCAAAUGAGUGCUACAUACCCCGACGAACCGGCACAUCGCGCGUUCGCGCUCGGCGAAGCCGUGCACGACGAACCGACACAUGGCUCGCCGGCCGGCGCGACGGCGGAGCAGCUCCUGGCGGCCCAGAUCGGCCGCCACGCGCCGAUCUCGACGCCGCUGGGCGUCAAGCCGCUGGUGUACGCGGACUGGACCGCGUCGGCGCGCGCGCUGGCGCCCGUCGAGGCCUUCCUGGCGCGCGAGGUGCUGCCGGCGUACGGCAACACGCACACCGCCGCGUCGACGUGCGGCGCGCAAGCGUCGUCCUUCGUCGCCGAGGCGCGCGCGCGCGUCGGCGAGUUCUGCGGCGCGCGGACGCACGGCAAGGCGGCGUCGGACGUCGUGCUGUUCUGCGGCCACGGCGCGACCGCGGCGACGAACCGGCUCGUGCGGAUCCUGGGCGUCGACGCGGGGUGGGUGGCCGUCGUCGGGCCCUUCGAGCAUCACUCGAACACGCUGCCGUGGCGCGAGGCGGGCGCGGUCGUCGAGCGAGCGCCGGCGAGGGACGGCGCCGUGGACCUCGACGCCCUCGCCGAAAUGCUGGCGCGCCACGCCGGAGCCGCGUCGGACGGGCGCGUCGUCGGGUGCUUCUCGGCGACGUCGAACGUGACCGGCAUUCGGACGGACGUCGGCGCCGUCGCGGAGCGUCUCAAACGAGGGCGGGCCCUGGCCGUCUUCGACUGGGCGACCGCCGCCGCGCACCACCCGCCGAGACUCCACUUCGCCGGCGGCGUCUCGGCCGACGCGCUGGUGUUUUCGGGCCACAAGCUGCCCGGCGGCGUCGGCGCGCCGGGCGUGCUCGUCCUGCGCAAGGAGCUGAUCCGCCGCGAUCGCGCGCCGGCCGAGCCGGGCGGCGGCACCGUGUUCUUCGCCUCGCCGCACGGACACCGCUUCCUCAGCAAUCGCGUCGAGCGCGAGCAGGGCGGGACGCCCGACGUCGUCGGCGCGAGCCGCCUGGCGCUCGCGACCGCGACGGCGCGCGCGUGCGCGCGCGCGCCGGACCGGGACCGGGCCGCCGUCGUGGCGCGGCUGCGGGCGCUCGCGCCGCGGGGCGUCCUCGUCGUCCUCGGCGGCGCCGGCGCCGGCGCGCCGAUACUGAGCCUCCUCGUGCGCUGCGGGCCGGCCUGGCUCCACCACAAUUUCGUCUGCCAGCUCCUAAACGACCUCUUCGGCGUCCAGGCGCGCGGCGGCUGCCAGUGCGCCGGGCCGUACGCUCACGACUUGCUGGGCUUGACGCGAAGCGCCAGCGACGCCGUCCAGAGCGCGCUGCUCACGAAGCGCACCGACCGCGAGCUCUUGCGACCGGGCUUCGCUCGCGUCGCGGGCUGCGUCGGCACGAAACGUCCGCGGGGCCUUGAAACGCGACGGACGCGCGGGUGGACGCGGCCGUCGAGGCGCCUCGGUCCGGCCGCGGUGAUUCCGUUCCCCCGCGCAGGUCUCGAUCGGCGCGACCGCCGCGUGGCACUCGGACGAAGAGGUCGAGUACGUCCUCAAGGCCGUCGCGCUCGUCGCCGAGCUGGGCUGGCGCGCGCUGCCGCUUUACCGCGCCGAGGCUCGGACGGGCGAGUGGCGCCACCGGAGCCGCUUCUCGAAACCGCUCGGCGACGCGCGGCGCUGGCUCGGGGCCUUCGACUUCCGGACCGACGCGCGGCCGACGCCGCCGGCGCAAAGGCCCGACUUUGAAGGGCUGCUCCGGGACGGGAAGUCGUUCUUGCUGGACUGCGGCGACGAGGGCCUCGCGGCCGACGACGAAGCCGAGCCGCUCCGCUGGUACGCGACGCCCGCCGAGGCGGCGGCGCGGCUCCGGACCGGGGCGCUGCGCUGGCCGCCCGACGCGGGCGACGCCCGCGGCCCGCUCCGACCGCCGGACGCCGGUCCGUUCGCGGCACCCUUUCGCGACGACGGCCGCGUCGGGCCGCGCCGCGACGGCGAGGCCAAAAAGGGGCUCCGCGGCGUCGCGACGGACCGGGACGCGACGGUCUUCGCCGCCGCCGGCGCGGCGGCGGUCCCAUCUCCGCCGCCGUCUCCGCCUCGGCCGCCGUCUCCGCCUCGGCCGGCGCCGCCGGCGGCGACCCGGGCGCCGGUCGCCGCCGCGAAGACGCCGCCGAAGAAGCUUAUGCGGGCGAUAGGUGAGGCGACGCGGGAUUUCGCGCUCAUCAAAGACGGCGAUCGCGUGCUCCUGGGUCUCUCCGGCGGCAAGGACUCGCUGAGCCUGCUGCACGCGCUCCUCGCCCUGCAGAAGCGCGCCCCCAUCCGGUUCGAGCUCGCGUGCGCGACGGUCGACCCCGUGACGCCGUCGUUCGAUCCGAGCCCACUGAUCCCGUACGUCCGCGCCCUCGGCGUGCCGUACUUUUACCUCCGCGACCACAUCGUCGACUACGCGGGCGCGGUGAAGCCGACGUCGCUCUGCGCGUACUGCGCGCGCAUGAAGCGCGGCGCGCUGUACACGUGCGCGGCGCGCGAGGGCUACAACGUGCUCGCGCUGGCGCAGCACCUCGACGACCUCGCCGAGUCGUUCGUCAUGGGCGCGCUGCACAACGGCCAGCUCCGGACGAUGCGCGCCAAGUACGUCGCCGAGCGCGGCGUCACCGUCAUCCGGCCGUUGGUGUACGUGCGGGAACACGUGACGCGGGCCUUCGCCCGCGACGCGGGCCUGCCCGUGAUCAACGAGAACUGCCCGGCGUGCUUCGAGGAACCCAAGGAGCGCGCGCGCGUGAAGAAAAUGCUGGCGCGCGAGGAACAGCUCUUCCCAGCCAUCUACAACUCGCUCCGUCGCUGCCUGACGCCGCUCAUGGACGACGCGCUGUACCCACACAUCCGCGAGUCGACGACGAGCAUUGCCGCGAGGCGCGUCAGACGCCGACCCCGGAAGGUGAUCGAGCCGCCCCGCGCACCGCCGUCGCCCCGGCGACCCGCGCUGCUCGGCCGUCUCCGCGACCUCCUCGGUUCUCGGUAG